AUGUGGGCUACUGUAUCGAGAGUAGUCUCGUCCACAACCUUUCUAGGCGCCAUCAUCUUCACCAUACCCCUCGCCUUCGACAUUGGCGGCCGUACCUGUGGACUCGCCUUUUCCCUGUCCCUCAGCGCAUACUACUUCCUCUACUCCAUCCUGCGCUUAGCCACGCCAGACUAUUCGCGCUUUAGAUGGUUUCUGUGUAAUGUCGUGGCUUGGGCGCAAUGGCUGGCAAUACCAACACUUUUGAUCUGGAGCCUGAACAAGUUUUCCAUCGAUGCGACCAAUAACGCGGGCUGGGUGGAGCGCACAUUUGACGGCAAGAGAGCCGACUUUGAGAGCGUGCACGACUGGAUCUUUGGCAGUCAAGGCCUCCUGCAGAAUGCCUCGAUAGGUGCCUGGGACAAGACACUGAGAUAUAGCACCCCUGUCUUUCAGAUCGCAGAGGGUUUCUGCAGCCUUUUGGUCAUUCAGGCUGCAGGACAAAUCACCAGAUGGGUCGUCAAUCGCGAGCGUGGUGACAGCUGGAUGAUUGGUCUCCUAAUCACUUCCGCCUCCAUCAUCUCCACCUCCGUCUACUUCCUCUGGCGCAUUACGACUUUCCCCGAGAUUAGCAAUGUGGACGCAAUUCUAAUUGGCGUGGCCAUCACAACUGCCAUCUUUCUUGGUGGAUGGGGCAUUGUCAGUGCGAGGGGUAACCCAGUCGAGUCGUCGCUCUUAUUUGCAUAUGUCACACUAUGCAUCUACCAAAUCUUCACCGACUACCAGCCUUCUCCAGGCUCCGUAGCCGAGUCAACUGCUCCUUCUGAUCCUGCGCUUCCUCCGCUACCACCCAUCAUCAUGGCUUCGUAUACCACGCUACUUCACGCACUUGGCUCCCUGCCUACGAUUGCUCAUACUGGCUUCAACCUCAUGGUGGGAGCCAUCAUGACCAUCACACCUUCCGUCAUCAUCUCUCUCGCAUACCGCGUCUUCGUCAUGUACGCCGCGGCACGCAUCAUUCCGGCUAUACGAGAGAGCGGCGCGCGAGCACUAUCCCAAGAACCCAGUCUCGACGACGACGAUGAAACAUCCAAGAUUCUCGGUUUCUUAACUUGGUUCAGUCCAAGCAUCAUCAUCGCAGUCUACACGAGCUUGCUGAUGCAGCACUUUGCUAGUGGGAACGGCGGUGACGGAAGUGCCGCAACGGGCGAGUGGUGGACCAACCAAGGAGGCGAUGCAGGAGGCAACUUUUGGCGAUGGAUCAAUUUGGCCAUGACCAUGGGUCUGUAUGCCAUUGAACUGAAAAUCUCGAAUGCGGAUGACGAUGGCCGGCUAACAAGUCAUUGGAAGACGGACUAGAUCUCUUGACCAGGGUGCCGAUGCAGUUCUGGGAGGGUCGUACAUUUUCAAGGGAGAGCCGGGGCUCCGGUGAUCGACAGAAAGAGGUGCGGAGAGAGAGGCGGCAAUUCACAAAAUAUCGGGUCAUGCUAGGCAGCAUGUACCCCCAAUAUUCUCAUCAGACACAAAAUACAGUGUCUAUAGAGAGAGACCUGACAGAAAUAGGGACGGAGACGGACAGAGAGAGGGGGGGGGACAGGUUCCACUACCACAAGUUUCUUCGCUUCAAAGCAGCAGCGUUUACAGUUUUUCUUCCCUUUUUCCAGGGACUUUUUUCUGUUUCUUUCUUCACUUUGUUGCAACAGCAAAAAUGCGCCCUAAAGCGUGCAUUUUAUACAGAUACCCCAAUCACUUGUUCCCCUUUUUACCUAGUCUUGGAUCAUGGGGGAGUCAAAGUGUGUCGGAAGAAUUUACUUGUUUUAUCUCA